AUGAGAUUUUUAUUAGUUUUAUUAGUUGCCUUUUUAGCUCUUUUCACUGGUUCAGCUACCGCUGGUCACGUCAAAUGUGAAAUGUGCGAAUACGUCAUCCACAGUGCUACCGAUUUAAUUAAACAAAACUUUACCACUACCGAAAUUGUCAGCAAUUUAGAACAUGCUUGUAAAUUCCUUCCACACAAAUGGACCCCAACUUGCCAAACUGUCGUUGAUGUCUAUGGUUUAACUAUCAUCAGCCAAAUUAUUAACCACGAAACCCCAGAUACCAUCUGCAAACAAAUCAAAAUGUGCCCAAAGAACAAAUUAAUUAGAACUGAAGAAGAAAAACCAGCCAUGUUAGGUUUCCACUGGAAACAUCACCACGGUCACAACCCAUUAAAGAAAUUCGAAUGCAGAGCUUGCGACUAUGCCGUUAAAAGUGCUGAAAAACACAUCCUCUCAGGUCAAAAUACCGCUGAUGUUGAAAGAUAUGUAGAUCAAGAAUGUAACAACUUUGAAAUCCACGAAGCCAUCCAUAUCUGCAAAAAAGUUAUCCACGAAUCAGUCAACAAAAUCGUUACUGAAAUCAAAAAACACGAAACCCCAGGCAACGUCUGCAAACACACCCUCCAUAUGUGUUAA